AUGCAGCCCACUGUCAACAUCGAGCUGCCCUUUGACCCGCUAGCCCACGCCUUUGCCGGUGGUCUCAAGCCUCACGAGCUCGUUGCUGCUCAGAAUGGGAGCUACGCCCGUCUCACCCACCGAGAUUUCCCACAGAUGAGCAUUCGUAUCAAGAAGCACGGCGGUAGUGGUAAUGUUGCAGGCAAGGCCCAUGCUGCAGAUCUCGACCCGGAGGCCUUUUGCGACCCUACUGUGACCUCCUGGACGGGCUAUAUCGACCUCAUAGACGGCAAAUCUCUCUUCUUCUACUUCUUCGAGUCUCGCUCCUCACCCGAGGAAGACCCGCUAGUCUUCUGGACCAAUGGUGGACCGGGAGCCUCCAGCGCCUUUGGUCUCUUCAUGGAGCAUGGUCCCUGUCGGGUUUCCAGCCCGGAGAGGCAAGAGGGUCCACCCAUCAAUGGCACGACGCACUUCGACUACUCUUGGAACACCCGCGCAAACAUGAUCUACGUUGAGCAGCCCGCCGGUGUUGGAUACUCCUACGUGCGCUUUGGUGAGGGCACCUGGGACGCGGAACAGGCUGGGAGGGACAUCUACUCCUUCUUCCGAAUCUUCUUCUCUGCUUUUGAGCAGUUCAGGUCGAAUGACUUUUACCUUGCUGGAGAGUCUUACGGCGGAAGAUACAUCCCACGCUUCGCGGCGGAGAUGGUAGACCAGGAUGCUGCGCUCCUCGCUGCGGCCAAGAAGGCUGGUAAGGAGCCCGAGGCGGGAACGAUCAUGGAUCUCAAGGGAAUCCUGAUCGGAAACGGCGUGGCACAGUGGAGUAUAACCUACGAAUCAUACUACGAUAUGGCCUGUACUCAGCUCUCGGGCAAUGGCGUACCCCGUCUGUCCCUGCUGGAGUGCGGAGAGAUGAAGGCUUGGACCAAGCGCUGCAAGCGCGACGUGGCCCAAUACUGCGAGGACGAAUACUCUGCCGAGAACUGUGAAGCUGCUCGAAGCGUCUGCUCCGAUAAGCUCGAGGAGGUGUGGACCUCAAGGUACAACCCGUACGAUGUGACCGACGACUGUAAAGCGGGCAUAGAGGUGCUGUGCUAUGCAGAGACGGACUGGAUUGCCGCUUACCUCGAUCGAGACGAUGUAAGAUCGCUAGUGGGCGCUGCUCCUCGGAGCCAGACCGGCACGUACAAGAUCGCCUCGAAGGAAGUCGCCUCGCGCUUCUUCAAAUGCCAAGACGUCCUCCGUGGUUCCUACAAUUACAUUGCUGGUCUCUUAGAUCGAAACAUUCCCGUUCUAGUCCUGAGCGGGAAUGCCGACUUUGUGUGCAAUACCCUCAGCACCAUUCGAUACCUCGACACGAUCGUCUAUCCAGGAGCGGUACAGCUGCAGAAGAACCUUAGGGAGUGGAAAGUGGAUGGAAAGAGGGUGGGAUUGACUGCCAAGGGAGGAAACUUGACAUACGCGACCAUCGACGGUGCACCUCACCUGGUGCCCUACAAGGUAGAGCACGCCAUUCCCGCCCUUGCCCUCUUCAACCGCUGGCUCGCCGGAGAUAAGAUCUGA